AUGGAGUUACAGAAUAUCAAAGAGUCCCUCGAAGUGCAGAACUUGGGCAAUGGUUUCGAAAUGAAAGAGCUGCUCACCAACGGUCCUUCGCAAAACUUACGUCGCACUCUGCUUGGUGUCGCAAGCCAGUUCUUCCAGCAGUUUACUGGUAUUAAUCUUGUUACUUAUUAUGCGACUUUCGUUUUCGAGAACUCCCUUGGUUUCGGUCCAGAUAUGUCCCGUCUGCUAGCAGCAGCGAACGGCACGGAAUACUUCAUCGCAGCACUAUGCGGUCUACCUCUGAUCGAACGACUCGGUCGGCGCAAACUCAUGUUGAGCUGCGCAUUCGGUAUGGCAGCUAGCAUGGCGAUUUUAGCUGGCACCGUAAGUACGGGACAAGAAGAUCCAGAGACUGGCGCUCCGGUACUUGGAAACGCUGCUGGCAUCACCGCCACUGUGAUGCUGUUCGUGUUCAACACAUUCUUCGGUAUGUCCAAUCCAUUUAAUGUGCUCAGAGCUCUUGCUGACAUGAGAAAAGCCAUCGGCUGGUUGGGCAUGACCUGGCUGUAUCCGGCUGAAAUCACAAGCCUGCGAAUUCGAAUCCAAGCAAAUGCUCUGUCCACAUGCUCGAAUUGGUUGAGCAAUUUUGUGAUUGUUAUGAUUACUCCUCCGGCAUUCGCGAGUUUGGGCUACCAAACAUACAUCAUUUUCGCGGUACUGAACACGGCGAUUAUACCUGCUGUAUACUUCUUCUUCCCUGAACCCAAGGGACGAAGUCUCGAAGAGCUUGACGUUAUCUUCGCCAGUGCGCAUGCAGAUGGCGUUAGUCCUGUGAAGCGAGCGAGAGAGAUGCCGAAGUUGGAAGAUAAUGCUCUGGAAGCAGAACUUGUCAAGUACUUUGGAGGUGAUGUUGAGGAGGUGCGGAGGAGGAGUUCUGUGGGCAUGUAA